UUCUUCUUCUUCACUCCCUCCUUGUUCUCAUGCAAGAAAUCUCCCAGGAGGAGUUUGACUCCAUUUUUGAUAAAUGGGAGAGGCUCACAUUAGAGGCAGAGAAGAAAAAUCAAGAUCCUCCAAGAGUAACUGAGGAGGUUCCUCAAACCUCCGAAGUUGUACAAAUAGGGCCGCAACCGAUAACUAUCGAGGAAUAUCGGCGGCGAAACAAAUUACAAAGACGGGUGGAAGAACCAAAGAUUCCACCCAUUUUCAAAACUAAAAAGCAAACUCGAGGAGGAAAGCGAUACAGGAAGAAGAAAGAAAUAGCUUUGACAUAUAGGGCACUAAAUUUUGCCACAACAAAUAAUGAUAGACUUAAAUUAAUGGAAAAAAUUUACGAAUUAAGAAAACUAUAAUUUUCUGAAUGAGAUUUUUUUUUUUAAAUGAAGAAACUCUGUAAAGAUAUUGGCAUGACCCGAGAGCCUACAAUGCAUGAUGUACUCACCCCAACCACUUAGAGACAGAAGAAAUAACAAGAGCAAUGCGAAAUGCAGGCUUUGAACCUGGCUGUUAAAAAAAAAAAAAAAAAAAACAAAAUAGAUAAAUUUUGAAAAGAAACAUUUUUACUGAUUUGUUUUAAAAAUGGGAGGUAAAGAAUCGAAGGUCAGUGAUCCAAAUGCUAACGUGGUAAACACGGUUCAGAUAAUAGACCACACUGAAGCUUUGGAUACAAUAAAAGUUUACCUUAUAGUUAUCGUUGUUAUCAACGCAGUGAGUUUAUUCUUGAAAUUUUACUCAACCCACAAUAAAAUUCUUAAAAAGAGAUACCAGAGCCGCGCUGACGGUCUGGAUAAGGUUUAAAUAAACAUUUUUUUUAUUAUUGAUUCAUUCUCUCAAUGGAGAAGUGGGAAGAAAUUUCGAAGGAACUCACUGAAAAUAAAAUAAACGCGGAAAAAUCUUAUAAGUGCAUAUGUAAGAACAUAAAAAUUAAAACUGAAACAGUAAAGAAACAUUUAAAUGUUCUACUGUCAUCGCUAAACAAUAUAGGAAAACUCAUACGUAGAGUUAAUAAUACCCUAACAAAAGCUCACCAAUUGGAGUCCUACCAGGUAUUUUCAAGCGUUAGAGACAAACUAGUAUCCUCGUUAUCCAGGUAUAACGUUGAAUUUGAAAUACCAACCUCUUACAAACAACAUAUCGAGAUCGAUUUCGACAUUUGGUUGUUCGAAGGUACGUCGGAUACCGAGGAAGAACAAAAAGAGAUUGUUGUGCAAGAAGAAAUAUCUACACAAACAAAUAUUGUCGAAAUUGCAGAACAAGAUACACAAACCGAAACAAGUAUGACGCAAACAACAGUAGCAUUCAUCAAGACUGCGUCUUCGAUUUUGCCCGAGUUCGAUGGCAAACCCGAAAACCUACCAAGUUUUCUAGAUGCACUUGAUAUCCUCGAACAAAUUAAAGAAAAUCAUGAGGCUAUUGCAGUGUCUAUGAUAAAAACAAAGCUAAAAGGCACAGCCAGAAAUUUCAUAAGCAAUGAGACGACAAUACAAGAAAUUAAACGAAAAUUAAAAAACGCAAUAAAGGGUGAGUCAGUAGAAGUUUUAACAGCAAAACUCCUGAACAUCCAACAGCGCAGUAAGACUGCUAAUCAGUACACAGCAGAAAUUGAAAAAUUAACGAAAUCACUAGAGGGAGCAUACAUAUCUGAUGGCUUAACAACAGACCUCGCAACUAAGUAUGCUACACAAACAGCUGUGAAAGCCAUGUGUAAGAAUUGCUCCAAUGAUAAGGUGAAAACAAUUAUGCAAGCUGGAACGUUCACCUCAAUGAACGAGGCUGUAUCGAAAUUCACAAAUAGUUGCAAAUUACAGGUAACCCUAAUUCAUUAUUGCACAUACGCCAACAAAAUUAUUUUCGCGGUAAUUUCCGCGGAGGUUAUCAAUCUGGCAAUUAUAGAGGUAACCAAAGGCGUACAUACCCAUCACGCUUUAAUAACUUUAAUAACAAUAAUAGUUAUAACAAUAAUAAUAAUAAUAAUCGAUCAAAUAACCAAAGGUCAGGACGAAAUUUUGGAGCACGAGGCUCUAAUCGUACCAGGACUAUAAGAAAUGUUAACCAACAGGAAAACCAGCAAACUCCAUCUCAAUAAAUAAAAAACUAUAUGUUUUCAAUUUACACCUUAACAGCUACAUAUCCUCCAAAACAACUCUAAAUAAUUCAAUUUCAACCCUCCUGAUCGAUACAGGAGCGGAUAUAUCAAUUAUAAAAAAGGGUCAAAUUGACAGUAAUGUCACUAUUAAUUAUUCACAAAAAACCGAUUUAAAGGGCAUUGGUCAAGGUUUAACUAGUACUAUUGGAACAGUCAAGGCGGAUUUAAAGGAUGAUUACUUACUUAUUAAUCAUAAAUUUCAUAUAGUCGAAGAUGAUUUCCCAAUUCCUUGCGAUGGAAUCUUGGGACUUGAUUUUAUUAAAAAAUAUAAUUGCAUUUUAGAUUAUAGCAAAAAUGGAGACAGCCUGAUACUGCGUCCAUAUGAUUACCCGGAAAACAUAAUAAUACAAAUGACAAAUAGACCAACUGUUAAUUGCAUAACAAUCCCAGCA